AGAGCAUCAAAGGAUGAGAUAGAGCGAUCAAAUAACUUAAAGGCACAGGGUAAUAUGCUCUAUGCAUCAACAGAGUAUACAGAGGCAGUGCGAUUAUAUACAGAGGCAAUUGGGCACGUGGUAACACCAAAGAAGAUUGUGGAGAUUGUAGAGGAAGGCGAGGAAUCUGAUAGAGUGGUCUGCAACGAAGAGGUGGCCGUCUAUCAUUGCAAUAGAGCGGCGUCAUACUUGGCACUAAAGGAAUAUGAUCAGGUCAUCAGUGACUGCACCGAGGCAAUCGACUUGGAGCCAUCGACUGGCAUUCGAAUCAAAUCACUGCAUCGUCGAGCACAGGCAUAUGAAUCGCAAAACAAGCUAACAGAGGCGAUGGCCGACUUCAAGGCAGUGCUCGAGCAUGACUCUAGCUUUGCAGCGUCCAAGGCGGCGCUGGUGCGUCUGCCACCACUUAUCAAGAUCAAGGAGGAGAAGGAGCGCGAAGAGAUGAUGAGCAAGCUGAAAGAUCUUGGCAACACAAUCCUUGGCAAGUUUGGACUGAGCACAGACAACUUCCAAUUUGUCAAAGAUCCCAAUUCAGGUGGCUACUCUGUCAACUUCAACAAG